CCGCCUCUUCUCGCGCUCCCCGCUGGCCGCGACUCCCUCGCUCUCUCCCUGUCUCCCGUCCGUUCCUCCGAGUGAUGCGAGUUCUGGGCCCCGGCGACUCUGCCUCCUGCUAGAGAUCUGCACCCCCAACCCUCGGCCCGGCCCUCUGCCCAGUCCUGCCCCGCGCGCGGGGGUCGGAGAAGGAGCCGCGGACGCACCGACGGCCGAGGAGCGGCGAUGCACAUGCACUAGCGGCACCCCCUAACUCACUCCCUCCACACCCCGCGCCGCCGCCGCCUCCACCUUCUCCGCCUCCGCCUCCUCCUCCUCCGCCUCAGGCAGCCGCGGCAGAAGGACCCACCCUGCCCCCCACCCCACCCUCCGCCGGCUCCGGCUGCGGAUCCAGCCUCGACUCCUAUUUUAUUUAUUUUGGGUCGUGCACUAGCCUCAGUGCCUGCAGCCCGCGCCUCCCGGGCCCGCGGGCGCCUCCUCCCGCGACUCCGGAGCCCCAGACCUCGGCCACCCUCACCUCGACACCCCCAGACCCCAGCCAGCCGCCGCUAGUCUUCGCCACUGGAAUCUUGAUAGAGGCUGUCUUUUUGGGGGGAUUCUGGUCUUUCGACAAUUUUGUUCCCAGCCAAGGAGAGGAUAUCGUGAUUUUCUCCCCUUUGAGCCCAGGCUCUGCUCUGUGGGGGGGUGGGGGGCGCGCCGACCCGGGGAGUCGUGCCAGCCGAGUCGUGCGGGCUGUGGCAGGGAAGGGGCCACCAUGGGAUGUACUCUGAGCGCAGAGGAGAGAGCCGCCCUCGAGCGGAGCAAGGCGAUUGAGAAAAACCUCAAAGAAGAUGGCAUCAGCGCCGCCAAAGACGUGAAAUUACUCCUGCUGGGGGCUGGAGAAUCAGGAAAAAGCACCAUUGUGAAGCAGAUGAAGAUCAUCCAUGAAGAUGGUUUCUCUGGAGAAGACGUAAAGCAGUACAAGCCCGUCGUCUACAGCAACACCAUCCAGUCUCUGGCAGCCAUUGUCCGGGCCAUGGAUACUCUGGGCGUCGAGUAUGGUGACAAGGAGAGAAAGGCGGACUCCAAGAUGGUGUGUGAUGUGGUGAGUCGUAUGGAAGACACUGAACCCUUCUCUGCAGAACUGCUUUCUGCCAUGAUGCGACUCUGGGGUGACUCCGGGAUCCAGGAGUGCUUCAACCGAUCUCGGGAGUAUCAGCUCAAUGAUUCUGCCAAAUACUACCUGGACAGCCUGGAUCGGAUUGGAGGCGCUGACUACCAGCCCACUGAGCAGGACAUCCUCCGAACCAGGGUCAAAACCACCGGCAUCGUAGAAACCCACUUCACGUUCAAGAACCUCCACUUCAGGCUGUUCGACGUUGGGGGCCAGCGAUCUGAACGCAAGAAGUGGAUCCACUGCUUUGAGGAUGUCACGGCCAUCAUCUUCUGUGUCGCACUCAGCGGCUAUGACCAGGUGCUCCACGAGGACGAAACCACGAACCGCAUGCAUGAGUCCCUGAAGCUUUUCGACAGCAUCUGCAACAACAAGUGGUUCACAGAUACAUCUAUCAUCCUGUUUCUCAACAAGAAGGACAUAUUUGAGGAGAAGAUCAAGAAGUCCCCACUGACCAUCUGCUUUCCUGAGUACACAGGCCCCAGUGCCUUCACCGAAGCUGUGCUUCACAUCCAAGGGCAGUAUGAGAGUAAGAAUAAGUCAGCACACAAGGAGAUCUACACCCAUGUCACCUGUGCCACGGACACCAACAACAUCCAAUUUGUCUUUGAUGCCGUGACGGACGUCAUCAUCGCCAAAAACCUGCGGGGCUGUGGACUCUACUGAGCCCUGGCCUCCUGCCCAGCCUGCCACUCACUUCUCCCCUGGACCCCGAGCUCUGCCACCACUCAGAUGUCCUGUUCACUGAAGAAAACCCCGAAGGCUGGCCUGGGCAGGGGGGCAGGGGUGGGGUGGGGGCAUCCUUUGAGCAUUCCCACCCUACCCCACUCCAGCUGCAUGACACAUGGGAACAGGGUUGGGCAGAGGUGUGGUGGAGUGCCACAUGCCACAAGGCCAGAGAGGGCUGCAAUACCACCUAGGUGCUGCUCACUGGCCAGCUGUGUCUUUUACUCGGAGGCUGAGUGGGCAGCACUGCCAUCUGGUUCAGAGUGGACAUGUCCUGUCCUGCUGUCUUUUCCUCAUUCGGGGUGACAGGGUGGCUGUCAGGAUGGCCCUGUGACAGGUGCUAGCUGAUUAGGGGAAAGUCAAUGCCAUCUCUCAGCUUUCCUUAGGAUCUGUUUGGUAGAGGUCAGUUCCGUCGUCAAAAGCCAACAUGGAAUCAUGCCACUUCGGGGGUGCAAAGACUCAGACCUUGGGGAGGGCUUCUCUCCUCCUUCACCUCAGAUCUUGGCCCUUCUCCGGCCAUCUUCCCUUACCCUUGGACUCCCCAGGAUGCACAGCCCCGACUCCCAUGGCCCUGGGAAUAUUCCUUAAGACUGGCUGACUGCAAAAGUGCAUUGGGGGCAACAAGUCCUGUGCCACACAAGUGAGGGUGGGAAGGGAAGCUGAGGGGGCGAGCAUCACUCUCCUGCAUAGGCUGAUUAGAAGCCCUGGGAGAGCCAUCUGCUGGCUGUCCUCAGCUCAGCGGGCCUGCAUGUGAAUGACCAGAUAAGCUUUUCUUCAGGUCACAGCCAGAGCAGGCAGAAGCACAGGCGACUCACAAGCAGGCCCUGAAGCCAGUGCUGUUUCACUCCAUCUUGGACAGGAAGUCAGAAAGCCCUUGGUAUAUUCCUGGUCUCAGGGCAGAGAGCAAGCAAUGAGCUAGCACCCUGAAGUGUGAGUUGAGGAGGAGGAUAAACCAACUCAGACAUACCCAGGGCCCUGAGGGGAAGAGUCCUAGGGAGGGGCCUCGCUGCAGAGAUCCCUAAGCAGAAAGGGGUGGCAUGGCUUUUGGCAACUCUGGCCUCAGCUGACUUUGGACAGUCAGAAUAUCCCCCUGCCACUCCUACACAUCUGCAGUCAGCUGGUACCACAGCCAAGGGUUCAGACAGGCUCUGUGCUCGUGUGGCAGACUGCACCUAAGGUUGCAGAUGUGUUUCCAGGGCAGUGGAGACAGAUCCACCCCUAGAAGGGUCUCUGCCUUCCUCAAGCCCUGUAUUUUCCUGGCCUCCACCCUGAACACUGUUCUGUCCCAGACCAGGCAGGACCCUGGCUCUCCUUCACAGUCCCCUAGGCCGUGCCAACAGCUCUGGGCUUGUUGGUUCCAACAGGAACAGAGCUCUGGGUGGUCUGAGGAGACACAGGGACUUUCUCCAGUGCCAAAUGCUUGUAGGGGUGAUCCUCUGGGGAUCUUACCCCAGUGUGGCUGCCUUGCCAUUUUCCCCCUUAGCCACAUUUUCUUCCAUUGUAUGUACCCUCCUCCAUCAUUUUAGGACCUUGUGCCAUGUACUGGGGAGUGGCAGAGAACGGGCUUCUGGAGACCAUGGUCUCAGUGACCUGCUGUGGUGGCUAAGGCCAAUUAAGUCAUUGGACCAAUAGCAGUUAUUUGUCAGCGUCACUCUUAGGUGUGGCUACCUGUAUAAUCCCAAAUUUAAAGAGACCUGCAAUCAAGGGAUGUUGGCCAAGCCCCAUCUGUUAAGACCAUUUCCAGAGAGCUAGACAUCAGCAUCCCUAUCUCCCUGCAGCUCCCAGUUCCUGAGCUGCCGCUUCAGAUCGCUGCAGCAUAGUCGCCAGAGCCCUUGGCUAAAACCAAGGCCUGUGCCCAGCUCCUACUCCUGUCCCCAAGGCUGCCUUCUGCCUGCCCUACUGUGUUUAGCCUAGUGUGUUGCACCGCUCUCAGCCCUCCCACUCUGGUCAUCUGAGGUAGGAAGGUCUCAGGCUAUCUAAGCCCUCAAGAAUGUGCGUGGUCCAUAGGGAAAACUGUCCUGCCUCCCAUCCGUGUCAUCACCAGCAGCUCUAUCAUGGGGAAGACAUGAGCUGUAUGACAGAUGAAUCUUGGCUCCGUCGUAGCUUUGGGUGUGAGGGGGAAGGGUUGUAAGUGACCAGGUCAGAGGAAUGUCUCUUGUGUACAGUGGCC